AUGACUGAAUCGAGAAAAGUUGCACUCAUCUUUGGGGCUAGCGGUAUUUCCGGCUGGGCUGUCACCAAAUGUGCUCUCUCUUAUCCCACGCCAACCACUUUUCAGAGAGUCAUCGGCCUGACGAACAGACCGUUGCCGCUGGAAAAAAGCGGUUUACCACAUGAUUCUCGGCUUGAGUUGCAUUCUGGGGUGAAUUUGCGAGGAACCCUAGAUGAAGUGAAGUCGCAGUUGGAAGAAAAGGUUCCUGAUAUGGAUGAUGUUACUCACGUGUAUUAUCUUGCUUAUUCCAAUGCCACUGCAUACUCAAUGGACGUGAUGGGUAUCCGGAAUAUCAAUGAAGGAAUGACAUAUAACGCCGUGCAUGCUGUUGAUCAGCUGUGCAAGAGUUUAAAGUUCUUCGUUCUCCAAACAGGAACCAAUAACUAUGGAGUCGCCGUGUUUCGCUUCCAAGAACACAUCGAGAUUAACCCUCCCUUGCGCGAAGAUAACCCCCGCAUUCCAUCGCCCUGGGGAGAUGAGAUCUUCUAUUAUGCGCAAGUCGACCUCAUCAAGGAAGCCAACAAGGGAAAGUCCUGGAAAUGGUGUGAGGCUCGACCAGAUCAAAUCGUCGGCCAUGUUCCCGUUCCCACAAGCAUGACAUACGUUGAGCCCCUCGCCCUCUACUUAACACUAUACCGUUAUGUGAAUGGCCCCGGUUCCGCCGUUGUCUUCCCGGGACCAUACACAAAUUAUGUCCAUACGUAUACUUCGUCGUCGCAGGACAUCAUCGCCCGCUCAGAGCUCUACCUCUCUGUCGAGAAGCCGGAACAGGCGCACGGACAGGCAUUCAACACGGCUGACAACGCUACCCCAGAAUCCUGGGCCAUGGUAUGGCCAAAGAUCUGUGAGCGCUUUGGUCUGCAAGCUGAAGGUGCAAGCCCUGAGGAUAAGGGUUGGAAGAAUAUCGACCAGUGGUGGGUUGCACACCAGGAUGACUACCGGAAGAUGUGCGAGGAGUACUGCUUGCAGCCUCGUGAGAUUCUCCCAGAGACCUGGACUUUCCUUUCGGCAGGCUUUAGCUUUUUGGGUCGAGACCGCGCUCUCAGCUUAGAAAAGAUCCGGAGUGUAGGCUUUACUGAGGAGUAUCCAGUAGGUUAUGGCUACAUGCGGGUGUUUGAUCGCCUGGUAGAAGAUGAUAUCAUCCCCAGCAGAGAGACUUGGUUGCAAAAAUAG